UUUUUUUUCAUCAAACGCCUUCUUCUUCUCCUCUCUCGCUGUCUCUCGUCUCCUUUCUUCUCUGUGUGUCUCUGUCUCGCUCUCUAUCUCUCGUCGUGUUCCUCUUUUCUUCUCUGUGUCUUAGUCUUGCUCUUUGUCUCGUCGUCUUUCUCUUUCUUCCUAUUCUAGCCGGAGUCGAAUCCGUUCAGAUAGUGAAGAAUAAGAAAAAUUAAGAAUGGAGGUGGACGAUGUGCCACUGGACGACAAGGCAAAGAGAAUGAGGGAUCUGCUAUCGAGCUUCUACUCCCUAGAUCAUUCAAUGUCCUCCCCAGACACUAGUUCCUCUUCCAAGUACGCCACUCUCGACGCCAUUAACACCACCUCAUUCGAUCCCAACCAGUACAUGCAUCUCCUGGUACACAAGUCAAACUUGGAAGGGCUUCUACAGAAACAUGUUGAAAUGGCUGCUGAGAUAAAGAAUCUUGACACUGACUUACAAAUGUUAGUAUAUGAGAACUACAACAAGUUUAUUAGCGCGACAGAUACAAUUAAACAGAUGAAAAGUAAUAUUGUUAACAUGGAGGCAAAUAUGGAACAGCUCCUUGAGAAGAUAAUGUCCGUGCAAUGUAGGAGUGAUGGAGUCAACACUUCUCUUUUUGAGAAGAGAGAACACAUAGAAAAGUUGCAUCGCACACGCAACCUUCUUCGUAAAGUUCAGUUCAUAUAUGAUCUACCUGCUAGACUUGGAAAGUGUAUUAAAUCAGAAGCAUAUGCUGAUGCGGUCAAGUUCUAUACCGGAGCAAUGCCAAUUUUUAAGGCAUAUGGAGACUCGUCGUUUCAGGAUUGUAAGCGAGCAUCUGAAGAAGCAGUGACCAUAAUUAUUAAGAAUUUGCAGGGAAAGCUGUUCUCGGAUUCUGAAUCUAUACAAGCAAGAGCUGAGGCUGCUGUGCUUCUUAAGCAAUUGGAUUUCCCAGUGGACAGCUUAAAGGUGAAACUGCUUGAGAAGUUGGAACAAUCUGUUGCCGGCCUUCAGCUUAAGAUAGAAGAUAUGGGUAAUGCUUCAGUGGAUUCUAAUGAUACUUCCACUGACUCAGUUCCUGCUACUGAACAUGAGACUUCUGUUCGUGAGUUUGCGGAGGCUAUCCGUGCUUAUCGUGUAAUAUUUCCUGAUUCGGAAAUGCAACUAACCAAACUUGCACAAGACUUGGUUAGCAGGCACUUUGAAACCACUGAGCAAUACAUAAAGACACAAAUUUGGUCGGCACACCUGCUAGGUGUUCUUAGGAUUAUAUGGAGAGAUGUACUUCUGAUGGAUGAUGUGUUACAUGAGGCUGCUCUCUCUGACUAUUCUCUGGAGCCUGCUCGGGUUGCUGUGAAACUGUAUGUUAGCAACAAAUUCUCUCAUCUGCUAAGCAGUAUUUCAGAUGCCCUCACAAAAGCCCACACUAGACAGAAGGAUAAAGGAGAAGAGUAUUCCUUGCAAGUUGCUCUGGAGGGAGGCAAAAAAGCAGUGCUCCAAGGCAGCAUGGAUGUGUUACUGGACUUCCGCCAACUUCUGGAUGAUAAUUUGGGCCUACUAGUUAAACUGAAAGACUUGAUUAUUGAUUGGGUCCAAGAAGGAUUUCAAGACUUCUUCAGGGCACUUGAUGGCCACUUUCUCUUGCUUUCUGGCAAGAAUAGUUCGGCCACUCAAGAUCUGGGUUUGACAGAGGGAAUACAAGAUGACAAAGUUCUGGCUGGGCUUGUCCUUGUGCUGGCCCAAGUUUCUAUUUUCAUUGAACAAAAUGCUAUCCCGAGAAUCACUGAGGAAAUAGCUGCUUCCUUUUCUGGUGGUGGUGCCAGGGGCUAUGAAUAUGGACCUGCUUUUGUACCUGGAGAAAUCUGUCGGAUUUUCCACUCAGCUGGUGAAAAGUUUCUGCACAUUUAUAUAAAUAUGAGAACCCAGCGGAUAUCAGUUCUCUUAAAGAAGAGGUUUACCACCCCAAAUUGGGUCAAGCACAAGGAACCCCGGGAAGUUCAUAUGUUUGUUGAUUUGUUUCUUCAAGAGUUGGAAGUAAUUCGAAGUGAAGUUAAGCAGAUUUUACCUGAAGGGAUUCGUAGACACCGACGGGCUGAUAGCACUGGAAGCACUGCCUCAUCACGGAGCAAUCCAUUACGAGAGGAGAAAUUGAGUCGGUCAAACACCCAAAGGGCCAGGAGCCAGCUGUUGGAAACCCAUCUGGCAAAACUGUUUAAGCAAAAAGUUGAAAUUUUUACGAAAGUUGAGUUUACACAGGAGUCUGUGGUAACAACCUUGGUAAAACUUUGCCUUAAAAGCUUGCAAGAAUUUGUCAGACUCCAAACAUUUAAUCGAAGUGGAUUCCAGCAAAUUCAGUUGGAUAUUCAGUUCUUAAGGACUCCUUUAAAGGAAAUGGCAGAAGAUGAGGCUGCCGUUGACUUUCUGCUGGAUGAGGUAAUUGUUGCAGCCGCAGAGCGUUGUCUUGACCCAAUUCCUUUAGAGCCUGCCAUCUUGGACAAACUUAUACAAGCAAAGUUGGCGAAGACCAAGGAACAGAAUCCAAACACUCUGUAGCAUCUUAAGGUUUAACUGUGUAAGACACAUGUUCGAAGAAAACGAUUUUUCACAGGUUUCACUGAGGCUGAGGCUCUGGGAUCCUCUUGAUAUUGAAAGGCAUGUACAAGUCUUGUAUUUGUUCUGGCUUUGGAAUAUCACUGCAUCUGUAAAUGCUUCAAGGCUGCAGUAGAACAAGUGCCAGAAUUCUUUCAAAUGCAUGCUCAUCAUUCACUCGGCAAAUGACAUUUUCUUAGAGUCAAUUAUAUUCCCUUGCUUGAAAUGACACUAUGCUUUCCUCAUGUUUUGUAUGUAACAUGACAAUUUGGUAACAGAUAAUAUCAUUAGUAAAUAAUGUUUCUUUUAAUGCCCGAAA